CGCCGCGGUUGCGAACCACACCACCGGAGCUGCUCGCCUGAGCCUCGGCGGCCGCGGAGAUGAAACCAGAGCCGCUUUCGCUGCCGCCGUCACCCAACUGGUACUGCGCGCGCUGCAGCGACGCGGCACCCGGAGGCAUCUUUGGCUUCGCUGCGCGGACCUCCGUCUUUCUCGUCCGCGUGGGCCCGAGCGCGGGCGCGAACCCAGGGGCGCCCCCGUUUCGAGUUGUAGGAGAGUUGGUGGGACACACUGAAAGAGUAUCCGGCUUCACUUUUUCUCAUCACCCUGGACAGUACAACCUCUGUGCCACCAGCUCCGAUGACGGGACUGUGAAAAUCUGGGAUGUGGAGACCAAGGCAGUGGUGACAGAGCACUCACUCCAUCAGCACACAAUAUCAGCCCUGCAUUGGUCUCCGACGGUUAAGGACUUAAUUGUCUCUGGGGAUGAAAAAGGAGUUGUGUUCUGUUACUGGCUUAACAGAAAUGACAGCCAGCACUUCUUCCCGGAGCCCAGGACCAUUUUCUGUCUUACUUGUUCACCUCAUCAUGAAGAUUUAGUAGCCAUUGGCUACAAGGAUGGUAUAGUGGUUAUCAUUGACAUCAGUAAAAAGGGAGAAGUCAUUCACAGACUUCGAGGUCAUGAUGAUGAGAUCCACUCCAUAGCCUGGUGUCCUCUGUCUGGUGAAGACUGCUUACCCCUAAACCAAGAGGAAAACUCAGAAGAGCCUGACAUUCCCAAUGGGAAACUUGUAACAGAAACCCCCAUUACAAAAGGCUGCUACUUAGCCACGGGAAGCAAGGAUCAGACCAUUCGAAUCUGGAGCUGUUCCCGAGGGCGGGGGAUAAUGGUUUUGAAAUUGCCCUUUCUGAAGAGGAGAGGAGGGGGUGUGGACCCAGCAGUUAAAGAACGUCUUUGGUUGACACUUCAUUGGCCCAACAACCAGCCAACACAGCUGGUAUCCAGUUGUUUUGGAGGUGAGCUGCUGCUGUGGGACCUCACCCAGUCGUGGAGACGGAAAUACACGCUCUUCAGCGCCUCAGCAGAGGGGCAGAAUCACUCCAGAAUCAUCUUCAAUUUGUGUUCCCUGAAGACCGAAGAUGACAAGCAGCUUCUACUGUCCACAUCCAUGGACAGAGAUGUAAAAUGUUGGGACAUGGCCACUCUGGAGUGCUGCUGGACAUUGCCUUCUCUUGGAGGGUUUGUCUACAGCCUGGCCUUUUCUCCUGUGGAUGUGGGCUGCUUGGCCAUAGGCGUUGGGGACGGCAUGAUCCGGGUGUGGAAUACGCUCUCCAUAAAGAACAACUAUGAAGUGAAAAGCUUCUGGCAAGGAGUCAAGUCCAAGGUUACGGCGCUCUGCUGGCAUCCAAACAAGGAGGGCUGCUUGGCGUUCGGAACUGAUGAUGGAAAAGUGGGAUUGUAUGAUACCUGUUCCAACAAACCUCCACAGAUUUCAAGCACGUAUCAUAAGAAGACUGUGUACAGGUUGGCUUGGGGGCCACCAGUCCCCCCAAUGUCACUUGGAGGGGAAGGAGACAGGCCUUCCCUCACCUUGUACAGCUGUGGAGGGGAAGGCAUUGUGCUGCAACAUAACCCCUGGAAGCUCAGCGGAGAGGCCUUCAACAUCAACAAACUUGUGAGGGACACCAAUUCCAUCAAAUAUAAGCUGCCUGUGCACACAGAGAUCAGCUGGAAAGGAGAUGGCAAGGUCAUGGCUCUCGGCAAUGAAGAUGGGUCAAUAGAAAUAUUCCAAGUUCCCAACUUGAAACUACUCUGCACCAUCCAGCAGCACCACAAACUGGUGAAUGCCAUAGUCUGGCACCAUGAGCACGGCAGCCGUCCAGAGCUGAGCUGCCUCAUAGCUUCUGGCUCCAACAAUGCAGUCAUCUACGUGCACAAUCUGCGAACUGUUCUAGAGAGCAAUCCUGAGUCUCCAGUAACCAUCACAGAGCCCUUCCGGACCCUCUCAGGACACACAGCCAAGGUUACCAGCCUGGCGUGGAGCCCUCAUCAUGAUGGAAGGCUGGUAUCUGCUUGCUAUGAUGGCACAGCUCAGGUAUGGGACGCCCUCCUGGAAGAACCUCUGUUCAAUUUCCGAGGACAUCGAGGCCGGCUGCUAUGUGUGGCAUGGUCUCCAGUGGACCCAGAAUGCAUCUACUCAGGUGCAGAUGACUUCUGUGUAUACAGGUGGCUGACCUCCAUGCAGGACCAUUCCCGGCCUCCUCAAGGGAAAAAAUGUGUUGAACUAGAAAAAAAACGGCUCUCUCAGCCUAAGCCAAAGCUUAAAAAGAAGAAAAAACCUACCCUGCGACUACCUGGAAAGCAAGAUUCAUCCAUUGUCACUGAAGAUGAGAGUUCAAGGGAGACCUCAGGACCUGUUGAGAAUGGUGUGUCGGACCAGGAUGGUGAGGAGGAAACCCAGGAGCCAGAGCUGCCACCAUCUCCAGUGGUUUCUGGUGAAGCUGUUUCCUGCAUUGCUGUUUCCUUAGGUGUUGAAAAGUCAAAAGUCACAGUUAAUAGCAAAGCCACCUUACUGAAAAAGGAGCCACCCAAAGAGAAGCCAGAAGCCUUACUCAAGAAAAGGAAGACUCGCUCCAUGCUCCCCCUGAGCACAAGCUUAGACCACAGGUCCAAAGAGGAACUCCAUCGAGACUGUUUGGUACUAGCAACUGCAACACAUGCCAAAGCAGAGCUAAAUGAAGAUCUGUCUGCUGACCUUGAAGAACGAUUCCACUUGGGCCUCUUCACAGACAGGGCUACUCUGUACAGGAUGAUGGAAACAGAAGGAAAAGGCCACCUGGAGAGUGGCCACCCUGAGCUUUUUCACCAGCUCAUGCUCUGGAAAGGCGAUCUGAAAGGUGUCCUCCAGGCAGCAGCAGAGAGAGGAGAGCUUACAGACAGCCUCGUGGCUGUGGCACCAGUAGCUGGCUACAGUGUGUGGCUGUGGGCCGUGGAAGCCUUUGCCAAGCAGCUGUGUUUCCAGGAUCAGUAUGUCAAGGCUGCCUCUUACCUGCUGUCCAUCCACAAAGUGUAUGAAGCUGUGGAACUUCUCAAGUCAAAUCAUUUCUACAGAGAAGCUAUCGCAGUUGCCAAGGCUCGACUGCGCCCUGAAGACCCCGUCCUGAAGGACCUGUACCUCAGCUGGGGGUCUAUCCUGGAGAAAGAUGGCCACUACGCAAUCGCAGCCAAGUGCUACUUAGGAGCCACUUCCGCCUACGAUGCAGCCAAAGUUCUGGCGAGAAAGGGAGACGCAGCCUCACUCAGAACAGCUGCAGAGCUGGCUUCCAUAGCAGGAGAAAGUGAACUGGCUGCUUCCCUGGCUCUCAGAUGUGCCCAAGAGCUGCUUCUGGUGAAGAACUGGGUGGGCGCGCAGGAAGCCUUGGGGCUGCAUGAAAGCUUGCAGGGCCAGAGACUGGUCUUCUGCCUCCUUGAGCUUCUUUGCCGGCACUUGGAGGAAAAGCAGCCUCCAGAGGUCAGAAGCCCCUCCUCCGUUUAUCACCAGUGGGCUACAGGCUCUGAAGGAAACCUGGUGCAGAGAGUGACUGGUGUGUGGCGCAACACCUUCAGUGUGGACACCCCAGAGCAGUGUCGGGCUGCCUUGAAGAAGCUGCAGGAUGUCAAGUAUCCGUCUGCCACAAGUAACACUCCCUUCAGACAGCUGCUGCUUCAUGUUUGCCAUGACCUGACCCUGGCAAUACUGAGCCAACAGACUGCCUCCUGGGAGGAGGCUGUACCAGCAUUGCUGCAGGCUGUUCUUCGGAGCUACACCUCAGGGAACUUCACCCUCAUGCAGGAAAUCUACUCAGCCUUUCUCCCAAGUGGCUGUGACUACCUACGAGACAAAUUGGGUGACCUAUCUCUUGCCACUGCAGCUUUCAAAAGCUUAGAGGCCUUUUUUAUUUAUGGGCAACUGUAUGAAGUCUGGUGGUCGCUCUGUGGGCCUGGCCCUGAGUCCAGCAUCUGGGUGAAAAGCACAGUACCUGCGGAGCAGAGGGCGCCAGAGGACAGUGCCAGUGCCGAAGACACGGAGCCUGAGGCUGCUGCUGCUCAGCCACGGUCAAGCCUGCCUUCAGGCCCAGGUCUCAGGCUCAGUGGAGAGAGUGAGCGUUUACUUAGUGCCUGCAAAGAGCUGUUCUCAGAAAGGCACGCCAGCCUCCAGGCCUCCCAGAGGACUGUUGCUGAAGUCCAGGAGACACUGGCAGAAAUGAUCCACCAGCACCAGAAGAGUCAGCUCUGCAAGGCCACAGCCAACGGCCCCAGCAGAGAUGACCCUGGCCAGGAAGCAGAGCAGGCCCCUUCCCGACCUCAGAGCCCAAGCAGAGAAGAAAGCAAUGCACCACUCUCUCUCCCUGAAUUAACCAGAAGGCUCACAGAGGCGAAUAAGAAAAUAGCUGAGUUACCAGACAGUGUAAAGGCCUGGCCCUUCCCAGAUGUGCUGGAGUGCUGCCUUGUCUUGCUUCACAUCGGGUCCCAGUGUCCUGGUGCUGUGAACCCUGAGAUGCAGCAACAGGCCGAGGAGCUCCUUCAGAAAUAUGGCCACACUAGAGCUUACAGAAGAUACUGCCAGACCCUGCACACAUGAACUUCCAGAGGUCAUAAACCAUGUCACACAUAUGUGACAGCUUUCUUCUCAGUCACAGCUCACCUGGCCUUCACCCUGAUCUUCAAUGGAAAGAUGCUGUGGUCACCUGACAUCUGAGGGUGAAGCUUGGAUCCACUUACAAUGGAACCUGCCUGGUGCCUCCCAAGUGGUUUCCUGUAAUGGAGCGGAGAGCCAGCAGGGUUGCUCAGAACCAGUCCUCACCAAGACUACCGUCUCCAGCCUUACGUGGUUUCCCCAAAGAGAAACCUUUGUACUCACCCAAAGUCUGUCCAUCCCAGAUGCAGCUGCCUUUAUAAACCCUUACCUUCGGAAGUGUAGCAUUCUGUGGGAGGUGCAUUUGACACACAGCAGUGUUGGGUUAGGGCUUUCCCACUUCUCAAAGACUAAAAGAAUUGUUGGCCUUGCCAUCGUGUUGACUUGAAUAUUAGCUUUCUGACAACAGA